AGCCUCUAUCCCAGCUCUCUACAGGAGAAGAGCCUCCUCUCUCUCUACCUACACGUGGUCUUCCACAGAACCCCGCCUCUAAAUUCGUACUACAAAGCCCAGUAACUAAUGUUUGAAUCAGCUCCUGUUUCAUUGUUGCUAAAGUUCAAAUAAGAAAGAAAGCCUAGGAAAACAAAAUUUUGUUCUUGUUUUCUGCAUUGUUUGCUGUUUCUACCGAGGGUUAUGGAAAAUCCAAAUACAUAUUUCAGUAGCUUCUGCAAGUACCCUUUUAGAAGUUUUGCAGAUUGGUGUUGCAUUUCCAAUAAGAAGAAGGAGAAAUGGAAGAUUCAGAUGGAAUUGCAAGUACCCUUUUUCAUCUAUACCCAGUUUUUCUUGUUGUUUCAUCUGCUCGUUUUUGUCGUUCAACCUGUUUCCUGCCAAGAUUGGGAUGGUGUGGCUGUCACCCAAGCUAAUUUUCAAGCAUUGCAAGCUUUCAAAGCAGAACUUGUUGACCCGAAAGGCUUUUUGAAGAGCUGGAAUGACAGCGGCUAUGGAGCUUGUUCCGGAGGUUGGACUGGAAUCAAGUGUGCUCAAGGCGAAGUUAUUGUAAUUCAGCUUCCUUGGAAAGGAUUGGGGGGCAAAAUUACUGACAAAAUUGGGCAACUUCAAGCACUUCGAAAGCUCAGCCUCCAUGACAAUCUCAUAGGUGGCUCAAUCCCCAAGACAUUGGGAAUCCUCCCAAAUCUUAGAGGUGUUCAGUUAUUCAACAACAGGCUUUCAGGCUCAAUCCCACCUUCUCUAGGAUCUUGUUUUUUGCUCCAAACUCUAGACCUGAGUAACAACUCUCUCACAGGGACAAUUCCAGAGAGCCUUGCAAAUGCUACCAAGCUUUUUAGACUCAACCUGAGCUAUAAUUCAUUAUCAGGUUCAAUCCCACUUAGCAUCACUCGCUCUUCCUCUAUCAUUUUCUUAGAUCUUCAAUUCAAUGACCUCUCUGGCUCCAUUCCUGCUUUUCUGGGAAAGUUAAGUGAGCUCCAAGAUGUUUCCCUUAGUCACAACCGAAUCACUGGAGCCAUUCCAGUUGAAAUAGGUGGGCUUUCUAGGCUAAGAACAUUGGAUAUUUCUAACAACGCCAUUAAUGGAAGCUUGCCUACUUCUUUCUCUAAUCUAUCAUCGCUUGUUCUUCUGAAUCUUGAGAACAACAACCUUGAUAACCAAAUCCCAGAAUCUUUUGGCAGAUUGCGUAACCUUUCUGUUCUAAACUUGAAGAGAAACCAGUUUAUUGGUAAAAUUCCUACAACACUGGGAAACGUUUCCACAAUCACACAACUAGAUUUAUCAGAGAAUAAGCUCAGUGGAGAAAUUCCAGAUUCCCUAGCCAAUCUACAACGUCUGGUUUCUUUCAAUGUUUCUUACAAUAACCUCUCCGGUUCUGUUCCGACGACUCUGUUACAAAAAUUCAAUUCAAGCUCGUUUGCUGGUAACGUCCAACUAUGUGGAUUUAGUGGUGCAGCUCCAUGUCCUUCUCAAGCACCUUCCCAGAGCGUCCCAUCUCCACCACCAGAGAUGCCUAAAAAACGUCAUCGUAAAUUGAGUGCUAAAGACAUAAUUCUCAUUGCAGCUGGAGCUCUUCUCAUUCUGUUAUUAAUCCUUUGUGGCAUUCUACUGUGUUGCUUGAUAAGGAAAAGGUCAGCAUCAUCGAAAGCCAAGGAUGGUCAAGCCACAGUGAGGGCUGCCGCUGCAGGAGGUGGAAAGGGAGCCUCACCAGUUGUGGGUGAAGUUGAAUCCGGUGGAGAAGCUGGAGGGAAACUAGUACAUUUUGAUGGUCCCUUAGCUUUUACAGCAGAUGAUCUCUUGUGUGCAACUGCAGAAAUUAUGGGAAAGAGCACUUAUGGGACAGUGUAUAAGGCCACAUUAGAAGAUGGAAAUCAAGUUGCAGUGAAAAGAUUAAGAGAAAAAACUACAAAAGGACAGAGAGAAUUCGAAAGUGAGGUUAAUGUGCUUGGUAAAAUCAGACACCCAAAUCUUUUAGCUUUGAGGGCUUAUUAUUUAGGACCUAAAGGAGAGAAGCUUCUUGUUUUUGACUACAUGUCUAAAGGAAGUCUUGCAACUUUCCUCCAUGCCAGAGGACCUGAUAGAACAAUUGACUGGCCGACGAGAAUGAGGAUAGCACAGGGCACGACACGGGGCUUGUCCUGUCUUCACAAUAAUGAGAACAUCAUACAUGGGAAUCUUACAUCAAGCAAUGUCCUGCUUGAUGAGAAUGCAAUUGCGAAAAUUGCUGAUUAUGGGUUAUCUCGACUAAUGACAGCUGCCGCUAAUACUCAUGUAAUUGCAACUGCAGGUGCAUUAGGCUACAGAGCACCUGAGCUUUCAAAGCUUAAGAAAGCAAACACAAAAACAGACGUAUAUAGCCUUGGAGUGAUCAUAUUGGAACUCCUUACAGGGAAGUCUCCAGGAGAAGCAAUGCAUGGUGUGGAUUUGCCUCAAUGGGUUGCUUCUAUUGUUAAAGAGGAGUGGACUAAUGAAGUUUUCGAUUUGGAAUUAAUGAAGGAUGCAUCUAUAAUCGGUGAUGAAUUACUCAACACAUUGAAACUAGCUUUGCAUUGUGUUGAUCCUUCACCUUCUGCGAGGCCUGAGGUUCAACAAGUCCUUCAGCAAUUAGAAGAGAUUAGACCAGAUACUGCUGCUGCUACCAGUUCCGAGCAUUCUGGAGAUGUUGCAGGAGUUCCCCUCAACGAGUGAUUAAGGAAGCAAUUCCAGGAAGAAACAUAGUAGUAGAGUACAAUUCUUUCAUUAUUAAGUAUUGGUUUCAAGUAAUAAUUUCCAUGUCUGUAAUUAUAAGAUUGUUUGAACCUAUUUAAGGAUAUUAUUUUUUUUUUCAAUAAUAAUAAGAUUGAUUUUUGAAUC